AUGCAAGAACGCUUAGAUGAAUUACAAGAACGUUUUGACGCAACAAAAAAAGAAUUGUUAGCAACACAAAGACAAUUAGCUGAAGAACAGUCAAAAUAUAAAAGAGAUACACAAUCUUUAGCAGAUUCUAAAAAACAUUUAAAUGCUGAAUUAAAUUCAAAAUAUAGUGAAGUACAAAAAUUAAAUACAAAUUUGGAUGAAAAAACUACUGCAUUGAAAAAACUUGAAUCACAAUUGGCUAAUGAACGUAAAAGCAACACUCAAACUAUUUCAACUCUUACUGAGCGUGCUAAGCGUGCAGAAAUUAAUUUAUUGGAGCAUAAAUUGGAUGAUGGUCUUCGAAUAUUAGAGCGUGCAAAGGAUGAUUGUAGUGCUCAAAUUAAAGUAUUGGAAGUUGAUAAACAAAAACGUUCUUUACAAUCUGAAAUUGAUGUUAUAAAAUGGAAUAUUGGAGAAUGGGAAAGUAAACGUGAAGAGGUGGCCUCUCUAAUUUCUCAAGCAAAAACAGAAUUUGCUGCGCAUAUUCAAGCUGUUAAAUCAGGCAAACAGUUGAUGCAAUUGCCUAAAUUACAAGUACCUAAACCACCACCAUGUCCACGUAUUCAUCCAAUGCCUCAAGUAGUAGCAACACCUCAACAAAUAGUGUCUUCUGCUAUUCCAUCAACUCCAAAUUCUUCUGUUAUUCAACAACAACAACAAUCGCAACAAAAUCAAGUUCCUCCAUCACCUUUAUCGUUGGAUCGUAAAGUAAUUACUCCACCUGGAAAGACACGAACUGGAGGAGGAGAUAAUAAUAAUAUUAUUGUGACACCUCAGCAACAGUCUGCUCAACAGCAACAACCACAUUCUACUCCUCUUUCUUCAACUUCAAGUAUUACAUCAAUGACUACUCCAGUUAAAGCUCCAGGUGCUUUGGGUACUGCUGUUGCUUUUCAAUCAUUAUCAAGUAGUAGAGGAAUUGGUUCAUCAUUACAACAACAAUCUUUGACACAACAACAACCUCCACCACAACCACCACAUUUACCUCCACCAAUAGCUCCAAUAGGUGUUAGACCAACAAAUUAUCAAAAUGGAAUUUCUGUUCCACCUCCACCAGUUGGACAACCACCAUCGGCUGCUGCUGUUGCGCAUCAUAAAUUUGCUACAGCUGUUGCACAACAAAUUGGGCAACAAUUACCACCUUCACAGCAAGCAUCAUCAACUCAGCAACGUCAUUCACCUAAAUUAGGAGCAAAUACAGCAACAACAACACAAUUUAUUUUACCUUCACAAUCUCAUGCAGCAACAAAUUUUCAACAACAACAAAAUUUUCAUGCUAUUAGUCAACCUCAUCAAACACUUUCUUCAUCUUCAUUACGUCAUCAACAACCACCACCACCACCUACACAACAACAAGGAGGAGGAAAUUUAAUAGUUCGUCCAUCACCAUCUUUUCAAUCAUGGAAUGGUGGUUGGAGUGAUCAAUUGAAUCAUUUAAAUAAUAUUAGUGAUAUUUUUGGACAAGGACGUUCUUUUGGUCCGUUGGGGAGUGAUUUUGGUGGAAAUAAUAAUAGUAAUAAUACAAGUGGUGGAAGUAUUGGAGGGAAUGGAGGAGGAGGAGGAAGUAGUGGUGGAGGUGUGGGAGGAGGAGUAAUUGGUAGUAAUGUGGUAGGGGGUGGUGCUUUUCGUUCUGCAAGUGUUACAAAUCAACUUCAACAACAACAAGUUAGUGGUCCAGGAAUUAUUUCUUCUCCUUCAAAUAAUACAAAUAAUCCUCCUCCAGCAAUUGGAAGUAAUAAUAAUAAUACUCCAGCAUCUCAGCCUAUUGGUGCUGGAAGAAAUGUUCAAAAUAUUUCACCUUCACAAUCACAACAACUUCAACAACAACAGCGUAAUGGUUGGUCUGCAUUUACAGCUGAUACAUGGAAUCCGUCUGCUAUUUCUAGUAAAAAUAAAUUUUUUUAA